AUGAGCCGGGCACACGGUCACAGCCCGGAAUUUGUCCCGAAUCCAUUCAUCAAGAAGCGGAACCUAGAAUGGAGCAUCGAGAUUACCGGCUCCCACCACGACGCCGUCGGAACCAGUAGCUCCGAUGAGUGUGAAGACGAACCGCCUGCGGGCGAUGAGAAGAAACCCACGUCAUCCGCGGUUGAGGCCGGGAACGCCAAGGUCGAUGAUCAUCUAGGCUACUUCAGCGACCUGCUGAGCAGAACGACACUUUCGCCGUAUCCGGCGGGCACGCCUCAUCUGCCCGUUGAUGGGUACAGGAGAUUAUACGAAUCAAACGCGGGCAACCCCAAGGGCGCGCACUUCAUUAUCCAUCAGCACGACCAUCCCAUCGCGGGCACGCACUACGAUCUCCGCCUGCAGGUCAACGAGACCAGCAGCGCAUCAUGGGCCAUCAUGUACGGGCUGCCCGGGGAUCCAAACAGCGUACGACUGAACCGGAACGCGACCGAGACGAGGAUUCACUGUCUAUGGAACCACCUCAUAGAAACAGCCUCCCACAACACGGGCUCCCUGCUAAUCUGGGACACCGGCACCUACAGCAUCCUACCAUCCCAACAGGACUCCCGCACGGCAAACUCGCAAUCGGCACCUGAUUCUGAUUCGGACGCGGACGCGUCGCCACAGCUCACCGAGCAGGAGAAGCUGCACCGCGCCUUCAACGCGCGCAAGAUCCGGCUGCGGCUGCACGGGACGCGUCUGCCGCCGAAUUACGUGCUGAAUCUGCGUCUGACCCGCGGCGAGGAUGCGACCGGGCGCGCGCGGAGCGCGAACUCGCGGACGGGGCAGAAGAGGCGGCGGAGGCGGGUUGGGCCGGAUCCCAGUUCCAAGGGCAAGUCGAAAGGCAAGAAGACCCGCGAGCCGGCCACCUCGUCGGACUCUGAGCCCCCGGACUACGACCACCCUAAGUCUGGUCAUCCUUCAUCCUCCUCCAAGCCUGGCUCAAUUCCCGGACAGGAAGCUGGCAACGACGACGGCGCCGUCGGCGAAGACGAGGCAGAGAUCGUCAAUGCCCCGGCAGAGGCGGACCAGGAGGGCGUGUCGGCCAUGGAGCGCGAGGACGAGGAGGUGCGCCGCACGAAUGCGUACACGGGGGCCACGAACUCGAUCGGCAGCGUGCACCAGCGGCGGUGGUACCUGUCGCUGGACCGUGAAGCGUGCGGGUUCGUGAAACUGCGGCGGGAGGGGCGGAUCGUCUGGGAGCCGGGAGCGGGAGUCGGCUCGGGCGGUUCUACAGCAGGUCUUGACUCGGUGGAGAGGAAAGAGGGAGGUGAUGGGGGGAGGCUGAGCUUCCCGUUCUACGUGAGAGGCGCGGAGGCCGAGCGGAGUGUGGUGACUGGACGCUUAGGUGCUGAGGUCCUCAGGGAUGAGGGCGUCGUGGGGUAUGUUGGGCGCAAGGGGUGGCAGCCGGUCUUGAAGUGA